AUGAAGUUCGUCACUGUCGCCGUUGCUGCUCUGGCCUCCGUCGCUGCUGCCUGGCCUUAUGAGAGAGAGUGCAAGCCAGCUACUUAUCGAUGCGAGCGCUCCCUUCGAGCUUGGGAUGUUUGCAACACCAGCGGCCACUGGGUGUAUGCUGGCAACUGCCCGCGUGGCACCAAGUGCAAGAUGAAUCCAGAGAAUCACAGCCCUUACUGCCUCCGUGGCCGCCACGACUUCUACCCCGAAGAAGAGUUCGAGAUGUAA